GGCAAACACUCUCCAAGGAAGAAGUUACAAUUUACCCGUACAGACUCACACACAAGGCGCCUUGGCGGCAAAUCCCUCAUAUAUAGAUAUAUAAAAAGAAAAAUAUUCAUUUCCGUGUUCCACGUUCUCUGUAUAACUAUACAGUAAAAUAAUGAUUGCAAAUACCAUUCACAAUUGCCAAACACUAAUGUAAUAUACCGAGCCAAAAUUAAGGUGAUAUGGUGAUAAUUUUUCAUCCUUACGAAAUUUUUUUGGCAGAUUAUAAUUCUUUUGUUAUAAAAAAAAAAAAAUUCUUUGAAAAAAAAAUGAAUCCCGACGAACGGGUUUUGGACGCCGAACAAUGGAAAUUAGAAGCUCAGUCUGUUAUAAAUGAUGUUAAAAAUCAUGUCACUGAUUUUGUUCUGUCGGAAAAAUUCCAAAGUACAAAUACAGAAAUAUUUUUAAAUCUCACGACACUCGAGAAUUUGAAAUUUUGUGUUAAAUUAACAGCGGCCGGUUUUUGUGUUGUUGGUAAUCAACAUGACGACAUGUCCAACAAUAUGAAUACUAUGUAUUUUGAAACACCUUACAGUUUACUUGAUUUCCUAAGUCCGAUGUAUAGAAAUUCCUUUGGAAAUUCUCUCCUAAAUAAAUUAAAUCUACUCAAGGAAAAUCAGACCGAUAAUAAUUAAACUGCGAAAAAAAAAUUAAAUACUGUUUCUAAGGAUGUUUUUGAAAAAAUUAAAGAUGUUUUUCUUUUUAAAGGUUAACAAUGUAAACAUUUUUUAAAUGUAAAUAAAGAAA